UAUAUUUUUGUAUCGUCUGCACACAUGUCGUAUGCCAUGGCUUCAUCGUAUGAGAAAGAUGAUGCAAACGAUGUUGACCGCAGAUUUGCUAUCCUAAUGAUUGUUGUUUCUGUGACGUUCUUUUACCUGUUAAAUAUGAUGACUGCAAAAUUUAUUAAGCCCCCGCCCAGUGCUUCCAAAGACCCUUGGCGAUGGAGGAAUUUGUUCGUAUCUUGGAUUCAUGCAAUUUUAUGUGGAUCUUGGGACUUGGCUUGUUUCAGCGUUUAUCCCGAGAUGUUUAAUGAUCUCGUUGCACACAUAAAUUAUUUUACCUACAUGAUGGUUGCCUUCUCCACAGGUUAUUUCAUUUACGAUGCGUUAGAUAUGUAUCUGAAUAACAAGCUUUUAAGUGACUGGGGUGUAACACUCCAUCAUAUCAUAGUAAUACUGUUCUUUAUCCAUACUAUUUUGACAAAAUACGGUACAGGACUGACAUGUGUCGCCUUAAUGACGGAAAUUAAUGGAGUUUUCCUACACGCACGGAAACUAAUGCAGAUGUUUCAAUUCGGAUUUAAUCACAAGUUGUAUAUUUUGAACAAAUACAUGAACUUGUCAACAUUUAUAAUAUGUCGAGGCUUUCCUAUAAUUAGAAUAUUUUAUGGACUUUUGUACGAAUGUCAUGAAAUUGUACUACCUCUCCGAAUUACAUUUAAAUUUAUGGUAAUUCUCAUGGCAGUUAUUAACAUUGUUUUAUUUAAGCGCCUUUGCAAAAGUGAUGUACUGAUUUAUUUUAUGUCUAAACAUAAGCAAGUGAAUGGCGAUGAAAAUAAUUACUCCUAUAAAAAAAAAUAAUUAGAUGAUGUCUUGUUUAUUUUGUACCUUUACAAUACUCAGUCCUUGUUUACUUCACCAACUUUGGUUUAAAAGAAACACGAUUUCAGUUUCUAUGCAUGUACAUUACGAGAAAUUUUAGUAUCGAUUUUGUUUUGAAAAACAAUUUUCAGAAAAAAAGUGCAUUAUGAGAUAUUUAUAUGUUUUAAACUUGUAUCAUUAAAUUACUACUGAUAUAUUCACUUAUAUGUAAUAAUUAAAGCUCGUGUUUAAAUAUUGAGUGAAGCUUUUUACAACGGAGAUUUUCGAAACCUGCUUUUGUUUUACUUUUUGUGAUCUUCUUGCCAAUGCUGUGCCAUGUUGGUACUUUUUAUUCCGAUUAUACAUGUCCCGAUUCAUUACAAUAUGCAACGGAGUGAUUUUUUCAAAAUAUUCUUUAAAAAAAAUUUUUUUCCCCGAAUUGCAGUGUGAAAGAUAAAUUUUUUUGCUGAAAUAUCAAUUUACUUCAAAAUAAAUCUCCACCUUCCACAGCUGUUUAUUCAAAGAAAUGUGCUCAUGCCAACUAAAUCCAUUUGCAAGCGAAAGGUGAAUAAAUAUACGAUUUUAUUGUAAUGGUUGCUUGUGAUAAUUGAUAUUUUAUGCAGGGAAGUUUAUUUUACUGCUAUUUUAUAAAUUUAUAUAUAUUUAUAUUUUACGAUAUUAAUGAACAUUAUUAUUUUGCUUCAUUUUUUCUAUGAAAUUACUGAUUAAUGUGCCAUUUUGUAUUGUUCGUUAUUAUUCCUUACUUGUAUAACUGUUUUUUAAAUCACUGCUGUGUAAGAAUUUCCAAGUAAACUAUCUGGAGAAGAAACAAUGCUGUGAAUUAAUUGGGUUACCCAAGUAAAAUGAAUGUCUGCUUUU